AUGUCCAGCACUAUAUAUUACAAGUUUUAUUCCCAAAAAGAUAUAUCAAGAUUGCCCUUUGAUGGGACAGGAAUAACUGUCUUUGAUUUAAAAAAAGACAUAAUAAACAUCAAUGCCUUGGGUGAUGGCACUGACUUCCAGUUGAAACUAUAUAAUCCGGAUGGUAUGGAGGAAUACGUUGAUGAUACGCAAGUCAUACCAAGAAGUUCAACAGUCAUAGCUAAAAGAGCCCCAGCAACUAAGUCUAUCCACAGUAACGUCAACACUGGUAUGAGAAUAUCUAAUGCCACAAGGUAUGUUAUAGGCAAACCCAAGAUAUUCAAAAAAUUAGGCACAACCAAUAACACGGCCGCCACCAAUACCACCGUCAUGAAUACACUACUUAGGUCAGGUAAUAGUAAUAUUUCUGGCAACAGUGGUCCUGUUUCUGAGGAGGAUCGUAUUGCUAAUAUGUUUGCCAACCAAGAGGUUCAAUGGGAACAAACACAGAAGGAAAUGAGUCAAGCCGUGCCUAUUUUCCAUUCUAAAAAUAGCUCAGCGAUGCAAUCAUCACAUAUCGAAGCGCCACCUCCACCCGGAUAUAUGUGUUAUAGAUGUGGUGCCAAAGAUCACUGGAUCAAAAACUGUCCCACCAAUAGUAACCCCAAUUUCGAGGGCAAAAGAAUCAAAAGGACUACGGGUAUCCCUAAAAAAUUCUUAAAGACCGUUAGUAUCGAUCCAUCCACCAUGAGUAAUGAGGAUAUAGAAAAUGUCAAUUUGAUGAUUACACAAGAUGGGAAAUUUGUUGUACAAAUGGAAGAUGACAAAACAUGGGAAGAUUAUCAGCGUAAAAAGGAACAACAAGGGAGAAAUCUGGACCGAGAUGGCCAAUCUCAUCGUUUUGGAAAUACUGGUGUAUACAGAAGAAAUUACUUUUCUGAAUUACCGGAUGAUUUAAGAUGCCCACUAACUGAUGGACUAAUUAAAGAUGCGGUUGUCACUAGUCAAUGUUGUAAAAAAAAUGUUAGUAGAAAAGUUAUGGAAGAUGCUUUAUUGGAAAGUGAUUUUAUAUGCCCCUUGUGUAAAAAACAUGAUAUAUAUUUAGACUCUUUAGAGCCAAACGAGGAUUUGAGAAGGAAAGUCAAUGCUUAUAUAGAAGAACAUGCUUCGAAUGUAAAGAGUAAUAGUGAAAACACCAGCACUGUCAAUGGAGCCAAUAAUGUUGGUACCAACAGCGAUAGUAGUGGGAAUGUGGGGAAUGGUAAUCAACCAGAGAAUAACGGUACUAACAAAAGAAAAACUGCUACAACAACGGGUACAACUAACGUAGAAACAGAUAGUAAUGGUAGUAACAAAAAACUGAAGAUGCCAAUAGUGCCCCCAGUUCCAAUUCCGCCUUUUGUAUUUCCAAUGUUUCCGCUGCCACCAUUUCCACCGACGAAUACUCUAAAUGGUCAUAUGGGCAAUAAUAAUGGUAAUAUCAACAAUAAGUAA